AGGAAGUGUAGUACCGCCGUUUGGCCAGCACGAAUAUUUUCAUCAGAGUCCGGCGCACUUCCUGGGGGCUUGAUGCUAACCCGCACCACAGAGGAGGCUGCCAUCUUGGCUGUGACGUAGAUGAACUUUCACCUCAGACGUCACUUACGGAGCUUUCCGACAGAAACAACAUGGCGGCGCCCUCUAAGAAAGUGUUCGAGGUCUUCGUGACUAAAAUACCAUGGACCCUAGCUGGCAAGGAGAUGAAGGAGUACUUUGCACAGUUUGGUCCUGUGAAGAAGUGUCUGCUUCCAUUUCAUAAAGAAACAGGGUUCCACAAAGGCUUCUGUUGGGUUGGAUUCACGACAGAGGAAGGACUGAACAAUGCACUUCAGAAAGACCCUCACACGCUGGAGGGAGCAAAGCUCCUGGUUCAGAAGAACAUACGUCCAUUUCAAGGGCCCAGGUUAGGCAAAGACGCUGAAUAUGACUGAAGCUGUGAUACUGUGGUGUCGAUGAUCCUCCAGCCAUCAUUCAUUGUUUGUUCCUGCUCCCUCAGCUGCUGGAUUAUUAUACUUUUUCCUUUGUUCCUCGGCUCAGUGAAUUAGGGCCUGACCAUUAUUGAAAUUGUUUAUGAACUCAUCCAGUAAUAAUGUCAUUAUUAUUUGUAAUUGUUAUUCUUUAACUUUUUGUAACCAUCAUAGCAGGAGGAUAUACUUUUAACAUUAAUCAAUUAUUAUUACAUUUAUUUCAGUGUAUGACAAUAAAACAGUUUGAAACCUUA